AUGGGGCUGACCGACGAAAUGCAGUAUGUACACAUUGAAUCAGCGGGUGAUUCGAAUCGAAAGCGUAAACCUCGUACAAGAUUUGAAAGGCAUCAACUGGAAGCGUUGGAAAAAGCAUUUGUGUCGGCGCAGUACCCUGAUCAUUUUCAUUUACAGAGCUUGUCUAUCACAACUGGAUUAGAUGAUGAUACUAUCCAGGUUUGGUUUAAAAAUAGGCGUCAAAAGGAAAAAAGAACGUCAAAGUCUACAUCACGUACGAAACGUAAAAGAAAAAGUUCUUCCAGUUCAGCGCAUUGCUUGAACAAAAAGAUGAAAGUCGAUUGCAAGUUAGAAUCGGUUCAUGAUGGAUAUUAUCAAGAAAUGACAACUCAUUUUCCUCG